AUGUACCUAGGUAUCCUACAAUAUCGAAUCUACCCCGGAGGACCACACCGUGAAUCUUUUGAUCCUAAAUGGACCGAAUCAACCGGGUGGAACCUAAGAUCGAGGGGUGCAUGCUCUGGUGAGCUUUUUGUACAUAUGUAGUCGCUCAUCGUCCUCGAUCUUGACCUCGACACUUUUCUCGAAAGAAGAAAAAAAAAGUAACAUCAGACUUUCUUCUACUUCAACCCAACUACUUCCCCUCUUCGACCCAAUCUCCACGACCACAACUACAUAGCAAACAAAAUCGACUUCUACUUCUACGCUUUAUCCCUUCAAUACAAGAGAACCUUCGUACACCCGAACCUUUUCCGUCAUUCAUUUUCUUUCUUACUUCGGUUCACAGUAUACGAUAAGAGAAAACGCAUAUCCCGGUCCAAGGCUGAGAUAAAUCCUUCAACUACCCCCUCGCCUCCUCAAAGCACUUUCACUCUCCAAACAUUGGAAAUGUGCGAUUAUACUCAGGUUGAGUUUCGGUGUGGUCACGUUCGAUAUACUGUGCGGGCAUGGUGUAUCAAUUAUGAGACGACACAUCGUCGGUGCCCACCCAAUGUUGUGGCAGUCGAGUUUAGGUACUUGCAUUCCAGCUCUUUGAACAUAUACCGUGUACCCAUUUUUCCCGAAUCAAAUGUACUAAUUGUGGAUUUUUAUAGGUUAGGUGAAUCGGAAAUGUGCGGCGACUGUAAACAUGUGGGAGAAAUGCCAGAGUGGUAUUCUCGAAUCACCAAAAAGACGGCUCGCAUUCACCUAUGAUAAAUAAUUGACACGCUCAUAUUCGGGACUUGUGCUCAUCCAUCUGUUAUGUACGACGACGAAACUCGGGAACGACGCAAGAAAUAACCGAAAGGGGAGAGAACUCAAAGAACGAAAAGAAAAAUGAGAAUCACAUCGGAUCGAUUGGAACUAGGACGAAAGAGGCGAAAAUUUUUCUGGAUCAUCACUGGCCUGGCAUACUUCUCACUCUACCAUAUGUUUGUAUAGUAUGCCGGACGUAAACGUUUCCAACACAAGGAUUUUUGGGCAAUCCAAAGAAUAACACUGGGAUGGAGCAAGGGAAAUGGAUGGCUUAUGUUAUGGGUAUGGAUAUGGAUAUGGAUAUGGAGUAGGAAACCUUUUUCAUACAUUACAUAUCCAGCAACGGACGGGAAUUGGAAAAUUAAUAAGGACAGAUCAGGCAAGGAAUGGGAUGGAAUGGAAUGGGAAGGCGUUCUCUCUGUGAAUAGUGUAGUGCAUUUUUGGAAAGGAUGUCACUUUUUCACUUGAAUUUACUCGCUGGAUAAGGGACUUUCAUUUUUUCUACGAUUAUCAAGAUUCAUAUGAAUGAUAAUGGAUCAUUGAGAAUGAGAUGUAUGUAUUCCACAUACAACAUUUUUACAAACCAAACAAGAGCGCAUCCGCAAACCAAAGAUGCAUUCCUCUUUUCAUUUUUCUUCGCUCUACCACUUCAAGGACUCGCGAAUGAUCCAGGCCCGAGAUUUUCUAAAAACUAGAGCAAAUCCGUAUUUCCCGGCCCAAAAACACAGGAAAGAAAGACAUCCAUUAGGCAUCCAAGAUUUUCCAAUAUCUCGGGGAAGGCAAUCUCAUCCACUGGUCAUGGUAACACGCAGAUCUUGUAUCUUACCUCUAGUCCAGCUUCCAGCUUCUAGGUCUCUCUUCUCAUUUCCCAAGACCGGGAAGGGAACAGAGUCAUCAUAAACUCAACUUACCGCAUGAGCCGGCCGCAAACCUUCCCCUCCCCUUUUCCCCAGACCUGGAACUUCACUACCGGCCCGCGUUCAAGACAUGGAAACCCCUCUGCAUCACUCCUCGAAAAGGAUUGGAUGAUGGGGAAGUACAAGUUAUGCAGCCAGGGGCCUUCUACAUAUACUUUCUAUUUAAGUUUUUCACAUGAACGCUUGGACGAGUGGAGCGGCUUGUGAGGACGGAAGAUUCGAUGCAGAUGAUGGUCAUCGACAGGUAGGUAGGUACCUGUGCAUAGCCGUCGCGUCCGCUUUGAUCUGUUUCGUUUCGUCUGGGGAAGUCAUGUCACUUUACGCACGGGUCGUGAUGGUGGUGAUGCGGGAUGAAUAUUCAUUGCAUAUGGACAGAUGGAGGGGUAUAUUGAAUAUUCAAAGAUUCGAUGUAUUAUUUCUAUACCACUUCUCGGAAUGUCUCUAAUUCGACUAGAGAUGUUUCUGUCCCAUUAACUUUUUAUGAGAAAGGUGGUGGGUCUGGUGAGCGACUGGCUCAGGAGAUCUAGGUGUGUUUUGGGAGGCACUUUGCAUACUUAGAUAUGUGGACUUGUGUACCCCUUGGUUGCUGAGUCGAUGUACUGUGCAUCAUUAUGCACGAAGAAAGAUGAAAUGUAACUACAGGAAAGACAUUGGAUCGAUUGUAUUCUAAGGAUAUGAUUUGUCUAGACGAUUAUUUAUUAUCAUUUCUGGGCGAUAAUAGAUGGAGUGGGAUUUGCAGUACAAUGUGUAGCUUAUGUAGCGCGCCAAGGAACCGAGGAGAAGAUUCUGAAAAUUUAGAGAAAUUUAGAAGAGGGGUUGAAAAUAGGAAUUGGUCAGUGGUUUAGUCGUGUGUACAAACAGGUUUGUAUGUAUGUAUACAUGUAUGUAUAUAUGUAUGUAUAUAUGUAUGUAUAUAUGUAUGUAUAUAUGUAUGUAU